AUGGGGCUCCUCCCGUCGCCGCCUCUGCUGCUGCUGCUGCUGCUGCUGCUGCCGCCGCCCGCGGUGCCUGAGGCCGGCGGGGACCGGAGGUGCCUGCGCUCCCCAUACUCGGCUUCCCGCGACUUUGACGUGGAGUACCAGCUGCCCAGCUUCUCAGCAGGCGGCCCGGUGCAGGCCAUCACGACCUUCGAAGGCGGCGCGGAUGGGAGUGCGGUGUUCGUGGCCACACGCAAUCGCCUACAGGUGCUCGGGCCUGACCUACAAUCUGUCGGGAGCCUGGCCACGGGCCCUGCCGGGGACCCUGGCUGCCAGACGUGUUCAGCCUGUGACCCGGGGUCCCAGGGCCCACCGGGUGACACCGAUAUGCAGGUGUUGGUACUGGAGCCGGGGCUGCCCGCGCUGGUCAGCUGCGGCUCCAGCCUGCAGGGCCGCUGCUUCCUGCAUGAGCUGGAGCUGGGUGGGGCAGUGCCGCACCUGGCGGCGCCGGCCUGUCUCUUCUCAGCCCACCACAACCAGCCCGAGGACUGCCCGGAUUGUGUGGCCAGCCCACUGGGCACCCGCGUGGUCGUGGUCGAGCAGGGCCAGGCCUCCUACUUUUACGUGGCGUCCUCCCUGGACCCAGCCGUGGCUGCCAGCUUUAGCCCCCGCUCGGUGUCCAUCCGGCGCCUCAAGGCCGAUGCCUCGGGAUUCGAACCUGGUUUUCCGGCGCUGUCGGUGCUGCCCAAGCACCUCGCCUCCUACCGGAUCGAAUACGUGCACAGCUUCCGCGCUGGAGCCUUCGUCUACUUGCUGACGGUGCAGCCGACCAGUGUGGCGGACGCGCCGGGCGCCCUGCACACGCGCCUGGCGCGGCUCAACGCCGCCGAGCCAGAGCUGGGCGACUACCGCGAGCUGGUCCUGGACUGCCGCUUCGCACCUAAACGCCGGCGUCGCGGGGCCGCCGAGGGCGGGCAGCCCUUCCCGGUGCUGCGGGCCGCCCACUUCGCUCCCGUGGGCACCCAGCUGGCUGCUGAGCUGAGCGUCCCCGAGGGCCAGGAAGUGCUCUUCGGCGUCUUCUCCACCGGCAAGGACGGCAGCCCUGGCGCAGGCCCGGCCUCGGUGGUCUGUGCCUUCCCCAUCGACCUGAUGGACAAGCUGAUCGAGGAAGGUGUGGAACGCUGCUGUGACUCCGCAGACCACCUAGCCCUGCGCCGGGGCCUCGACUUCUUCCAGGCGCCCAGUUUGUGCCCCAACCCGCCUGUCCCGGAAGCCCCCAGCCCCAACAUCAGCUGCCGCCAUUUCCCUCUGCUGGUCAGCAGCACCUUCCAACGUGUGGACCUGUUCAAUGGACUGCUGGGCCCAGUGCAGGUCACCGCACUGCAUGUCACACGCCUUGGCAAUGUCACCGUGGCCCACAUGGGCACAACUGAUGGGCGUAUCCUGCAGGUGGAGCUGGCCAGGUCACUCAACUACUUGCUGUAUGUGUCCAACUUCUCACUGGGCAGCAGUGGGCAACCCAUUCAGCGGGAUGUCAGUCGCCUAGGGGACUACCUACUCUUCGCCUCUGGGGACCAGGUCUUCCAGGUACCCAUCCGGGGCCCUGGCUGCCGCCACUUCCUCACCUGUGGACGCUGCCUGCGGGCACAACGUUUCAUGGGCUGUGGCUGGUGUGGGAACGUGUGUGGUCGGCAGGAAGAGUGUCCUGGCUCCUGGCAACAGGACCACUGCCCACCUGAGCUCACUGAGUUCUACCCCCACAGUGGACCCCUACGGGGCAGCACGAGGCUGACCCUGUGUGGCUCUAACUUCUACGUGCACCCGUUUGAUCUGGCACCUGAGGGAACCUACCGGGUCACUGUGGGCCACAGUCCCUGCCAGCUGCUGCCCAAGGACACCUCAAACCUCAGCCUAGUGCCCCACAAGGACCUGGCAGAGGCGCUCGAGUGUGAGCUGGAGCCCUUGGGUUCCCAAGCAGUGGGGACUACCAACGUCAGCCUUACCAUGACUAACAUGCCACCAGGCAAGCACUUCCGGAUAGAUGGCACCUCUGUGCUGGGAGGCUUCUCUUUCACGGAGCCAGUGCUGACAGCAGUGCAACCCCUCUUUGGUCCUCGGGCGGGGGGCACCUGUCUCACCCUUGAGGGCCGGGGCCUGUCUGUAGGCUCCAGCCGGGCUGUGCUGCUCAAUGGAACCGAGUGCCUGUUGGAACGGGUCAGUGAGGGGCAGCUUGUAUGCACCACACCCCCUGGGGCUGCCACGGCCAGCGUCCCCCUUCGCCUGCAGGUGGGGGGUGCCGAGGUGCCCGGCUCCUGGACCUUCCACUACCGGGAAGACCCUGUCGUGCUGGGCAUCAGCCCCAACUGUGGCUACACUGGCUCCCGUGUUACCAUCCAUGGCCAGCAUCUGACUUCGGCACAGUACCUCGUGCUGUCAUUCAGUGAUGGGCGCAGGACAGUGGAGAACAAGUGUGAGGGGCGGCUUCCGGAGCAGCAUCAGUGCCACCUGCCUGAAUAUGUGGUCCGAGGUCCCCAGGGGUGGGUGACGGGAAGUCUGAGUGCCCGGGGAGAUGGAGCUGCUGGCUUCACUCUGCCCGGCUUUCGCUUCCUGCCCCCACCCCAUCUGCCCAGCACCUACCUAGCCCCACUGAAACCAGAGGAGCGUGCCGUUAAGUUUGAGUAUAUUGGGCUGGGUGCUGUGGCUGACUGUGUGGAUGUGAACGUGACCGUGGGAGGCGAGAGCUGCCAGCAUGAGCUCCGGGGGGACAUGGUUGUCUGCCCUCUGCCCUCCUCCCUGCAACUUGGCAAGGAUGGCGCCCCAUUGCAGGUCUGCGUGGAUGGUGGGUGUCACGUCCUGGGCAGAGUGGUGCGGCCAGGCCCACAGGGAAUCCCACAGAGCACGCUCCUUGGUGUCCUGCUGGCCUUGCUUGUGCUUGUGGCCGCCCUGGCCACCGCACUUAUCUUUAACUAUCGGUGGAAGAGGAAGCAGCAAGUCCUUUCUCCCAACCUGGAUGACCUGGCAUCCCUGGACCGGACUCCUGGAGCCUUGCCCCUGCCUCUUCUCCGCUCGGGUUCUGACUACAGAAGUGGUGCUGCACCCCCUGCUGGCAGUGAUGGGACCUGUGUUCCGCUGCUGCAGACAGAGUCCAUUCUGCUCAGAGACCUGGACCCUGCACUCCUGGCCGAGGUCAAGGAUGUACUGAUUCCCUACGAGCAGGUGGUCACCCACAGUGACCAAGUCAUUGGCAAAGGUCACUUUGGAGUUGUCUACCACGGAGAAUACACAGACAAGGCUCAGAACCGAAUCCACUGUGCUAUCAAGUCACUGAGUCGCAUCGCCGAUGCACAGGAGGUGGAGGCCUUCCUGCAAGAGGGGCUGCUCAUGCGUGGCUUGCACCACCCCAACGUGCUGGCCCUCAUCGGCAUCAUGCUGCCCCCCGAGGGGCUGCCCCAGGUGCUGCUGCCCUACAUGCGCCACGGAGACCUGCUCCAGUUCAUCCGCUCACCUCAGCGGAACCCCACUGUGAAGGACCUCAUUAGCUUCGGCCUGCAGGUAGCCCGUGGCAUGGAGUACCUGGCAGACCAGAAGUUUGUGCACAGGGACCUGGCUGCUCGGAACUGCAUGCUGGACGAGUCAUUCACGGUCAAGGUGGCUGACUUCGGUCUAGCCCGUGACGUCCUGGACAAGGAGUACUACAGUGUUCAGCAGCACCACCAUGCUCGCCUGCCGGUCAAGUGGAUGGCGCUGGAGAGCCUGCAGACCUACAGAUUCACCACCAAGUCUGAUGUGUGGUCCUUUGGCGUGCUGCUGUGGGAACUGCUGACUCGAGGCGCCCCCCCGUACCCCCACAUCGACCCUUUUGACCUCCCCAGCUUCCUGGCCCAGGGCCGGCGCCUACCGCAGCCUGAGUAUUGCCCCGAUUCUCUCUACCUAGUGAUGCAGCGAUGCUGGGAGGCGGAUCCGGCGGCACGACCCAGCUUUGGAGUGCUCGUGGGGGAAGUGGAGCAGGUCGUGGCCGCCCUGCUUGGAGACCACUAUGUGCAGCUCUCUGCCGCCUACGUGAACCUGGGCCCUGGUGCCUCGGAUGAGGUGAAAGUGCUCCCAGAACGGCCACAGCCCUCGCCUGCGCACCAGCACACGUGGCGGCCCCGGCCCCUCUCAGAACCACCUCGGCCCACUUGACCUAAGCCCUGGGCAGGCCCAUGGGGGCUGGACUUGCUUGGCGGCAUUAAGCUAGCCCCAAAAUCCCUCUGGGCCCCACCAGGCCGGAGGGCACUGGGCCUUUGGAGACAACGGGGGGGGGGGGGGAUCAGGGCACACUGGGGGCCCUGAUGUGAGCCA